UGAGCGCGAAGAGAAGAUUGGUGGAUUCUAAAGCAACGAUUUGUUCAACUCCCUAUAUAGAUUAUUCUUUCACUUCAACACACUCAUUAUGCGUCUGUCUGAGCCAGAUUGUCGCAAACGCUGGCCAUCCACCAAUAGACAAUUGGCUUGUCGUGUUCAAUGUUUGGUAGCAGUACUUUACAGAAUUUUUGGCAGCAUGCAUAUCGCUCAUUUUGUGAAGCACAUACUUUGCUGGCGGCGACGAUGGGUGUCAAAUGGUUGUUGCAGGCCGUGUAGCAAUGCUGAACAUCAUUACUGCUUGCUCGGGAUAGUUUGUUGCAUUCACCAACACAGCAGACUGAUCCAGCACAUCCUUCGAAGAAUGCGAGUCCCACAGCGCUCAUGUCGCUGGCUUGUGCGUUGGCUGUUGCUUCGUUUGUUUGGCAGAGAACCAGUAAGAUCAUCCAAGGCCGACCUUUCAUCCUGGCUGUUGCUUCGUUUGUUUGGCAGAGAACCAACUCUGUAGCUGGAGACGGAGUCUGGAAUUGAACAUGAAGACUGCAAUGUCACUGCAUACGAUGAUACGAGCACGCAUGCAAAUAUUGUAUCCGAGGUAGC